AUGACGAACAUAUCGUUGAGAGUUGGUCAUCGCUGCAAUGCCAGCUCCCUCCAGUGGACUCCAAAGGACCAACGCCAUCACUUUUCUUCUUCUUCUUCUUCUUUCAAUUUCAAACCAAUUUCGCCCUUCAAACGCCCAAACAUGGAUCAAAUCCGGCUACUGGUACUACGGCAGCAAUUUUCUAGUCGCCGACAUAAACUCUGCCCUCUACACCCACCUUCUCUGCGCUUUCGCCGACAUCAACCCCUCCAACUACGAAGUCUCCGUCCCCUCCGCCAUGCAACCCCAGUUAUCCACCUUCACCGAAGCCGUCAAACGCAAAAAUCCCGCCGUCUCAACCCUCAUUUCCAUCUGGGGCGGCAGAUUGAACUCUUCCCUCCUCUUUUCCAUGGCUGCCCAAUCUUCUCGCAGAAAAUUCUUCAUCGAUUCUUCAAUCAAAACCGCCCGACGUUACGGGUUCCACGGCGUUGACAUCUGGUGCGCUUGGCCGGGCUCCGGCGGAAACACCACGAAUUUUGGUAAAUUCCUCGACGAGUUCCGACUCGCAGUGAACUCCGAGUCGGCAGCGUCAAAAAACUCGCCCUUGCUCUUGACAAUGGCCGGCCGGUACAUUCCGUUCCUCAGUUCCGGCUCCGGCUCCGGCGAGGAUGACUUUGAUUACCCAAUUGGGUCGAUUCGGAAAAACUUGGAUUGGGUAAACAUUGUGGCGUAUGAUUAUUAUUCGCCCUUAAGGGACAAUUUCACCGGAGCUCAUGCGGCUUUAUACGACCCAUUUAGCCGGAUUAACACGAAUUUUGGUAUUGGGGAAUGGAUGAGAAGGGGGUUGCCGGCGAGUAAGGUGCUUCUGGGAUUGCCGUUCCAUGGGUAUGCGUGGACCCUUUUGGACCAAAGAAACAAUGGGUUGGGGUCGCCGGCGAAGGGGCCAGCGGUGACUGCGGACGGUUCAAUCAGCUACACCUUGAUCCAGUGGUUCCUUAAGACCUACCCAGCUGUUCCGGUGUUCAAUUCUACCUAUGUGGAGAAUUUUUACAGCCUAGGGUCGAUUUGGAUUGGGUAUGAUGAUGUUGAGGCCGUAGGGGCUAAAGUUUCUUAUGCAAAGCAAAAAGGACUGCUUGGUUACUGUGUGUUUCAGGUCCCCAAUGAUGAUAACUGGGUGCUUUCUCGGGCUGCUGCUCAAGUUGACAUUAAAGAUGGACGGAACAAUCGGCGACUGUUGGUAAUUAUUGUGGUUGCAGUUGCUGUUGGUGUUCUUAUUCUAGGCAUCAUGAUUUUUUACCUGCAACGAAGACUACUCAAAUCAAAAGUUAUGAUGGGUAUGAAUGAGCAACCAUUAGGGGCAGCCGAAAAUCUGAACAACGAUGAUCCUCGUCUACAAGCUUUUAGUUUUGCAGACAUUGAGGCAGCCACAAAUAACUUUUCAUUUGAAAACAAGAUUGGAGAGGGUGGAUAUGGAUAUGUUUACAAGGGUACAUUGCGGAGAGGGCGGGAUAUAGCAGUGAAGAGGCUGUCACAAACUUCAGAGCAAGGGCUAGAGGAGUUCAAAAAUGAGGUCUCACUCACUGCGAAACUACAACAUGUUAAUCUAGUUAAAGUACUCGGAUUUUGCACCGAAAGGGAAGAAAAAAUGCUGAUUUAUGAGUACAUGCCGAACAAGAGCUUGGAUUUCUAUCUCUAUGAUCCCAUCAGAGCUAGACUGCUAGACUGGGAAAAACGUGUUCAAAUCAUUGAGGGGAUUAUUCAGGGGCUUUUAUAUCUCCAAGAGUACUCAAGGUUGACAAUAAUUCACAGAGAUUUGAAAGCUAGCAACAUUUUACUGGACAGUGAGAUGAAGCCCAAGAUAUCAGAUUUUGGUAUGGCCAGAAUUUUCCAGAAGGAUGAACACGAAGCGAACACGGGUCGAAUUGUUGGAACAUAUGGGUAUGUUCCUCCUGAGUAUGUUAAAAAAGGUAUCUACUCCACAAAAUACGACGUUUACAGCUUCGGAGUUGUAGUUCUCUUAAUCAUUAGUGGCAAGAGGAAUACAUGCUUCCAUGGCCUGUUCGAGAAUUUAAACCUCCUAGAAUACGCAUACGAGCUGUGGAAAGAUGGUAAAGGCAUGGAGUUCAUGGAUCCAUCAUUGGAUGAUUCAACCUCACCAUGUAAACUCAUGAAAUGCUUGCAAGUAGCUUUGUUGUGUGUUCAGGAGAGAGGGGAGGACAGACCAUCCAUGUUGGAAGUUUAUUCGAUGCUCAAAAAUGAAACUACAGCCAUCAAUACUCCGAGAAGGCCAGCUUUUUCAACAAAGAGAGGUGAAGAUGGGGGAGAGACAUCUUCAUCGCAGCAAGAAAUAUGUUCAAAUGAUGCAUCGAUUACUCAACUUGAACCCCGGUGUUACAAGGAGCUCCGGACGCCAUCAUGUGCUGAGCAUUUGCUACCACCCUUAAGGGAACCGCCAGAGACAGAGAUGGAGCAAAUGUUCACUGGCCACUUCCUUAGUAGCCGGAGAGUUGCUAAAACAACAGGCCAUCUAAUGAGUAUGGUCCAAGGGGACCGGGAAACUUUAGAGAACUUCAUGCACCGGUUCAACGCUGCCACCCUAGAAAUCCGCAACCUAGAUAUGGGGGUAGCCUUGGCCGCCUUGACAACAGCUCUCCAACCAGGAAGCUUUUUAUACUCCUUAGGGAAAAAACCACCGGUGGACAUGAGGGAGUUAAUGAUCCGAGCAGAGGAAUACAUAAACUUGGAGGAGAUGAUGGAUACGAGAGGAAGUCGCCUAGAGCGGAAAAGGGGAAACAAUGGCAGAGAAUCUGGAGACACCUAUAGAUCUGCAAAAAGGCAUGAAACUAGUGCGCUGCAAACAGGUAAAAAGAUGCGAGGACAGCACAACAAGUUCUCUACCUACAUGCCCCUGAAUAGAAGGCAGGGCGCAGCAGAGAAGGAAGAGCAGGUCAUUGGGGAAAUUGUGGUGAUCUUCGGAGGAUCCCCCAGUGGAGGAGAUAGCGGGAGUGCACGCAAGAGAUAUGCUAAACAGGUGCUAACGAUGGAUAAGGGGGAAACCAGUAACAAACGAAGCAAGAAAGAUGACGUCAUAACCUUUGACAGCGGAGAUGAAGAAGGAGUGCAGCAACCGCAUGAUGACGCACUGGUGCUCUCCCUACUCGUGGUCAACUACAUGGUCAGACGCAUACUGAUAGACAACGGGAGCUCAGCCAACAUCAUGUUCUGGUCGGUCUUGGUAGGAAUGAAGAUCGGCAAGGAACGGCUGAAGCUAGUCUCGACCCCCUUGGUAGGAUUUGGGGGAGACACUGUUCACCCCUUGGGAACAAUCAUGUUACCGGUGACAAUAGGGACGACCCCGCAGCAGGUAACGACGUUGAUAGAGUUCCUGGUGGUGGAUCGACCUUCUGUGUACAAUGUCAUCUUGGGUCGCCCUUUCCUUAACGCAGUUCAGGCGGUAACAUCAACAUAUCACCUCAAAGUUAAAUUCCCCACACCACAAGGGAUAGGAUCCGCCAAAGGAGAUCAGGCUGCAGCUCGGAGUUGCUAUGUAAUGGCCUUGAAAGGGAAGAUGGAGGCGAAAGAAGCUCUAACAGUGGAAGAUCUAGAAGUCAGAGGAGAGUAUCUCCAGAUCAGUACAUUACACGAAGAUAUCAAACACAUACCUCUGCAAGGCCACCAUGAGAGAAGUAUACAGAUCGGGAAUCACUUGCCCGACACCUUGAAAGCAGAGCUGACUGAACUCUUGGACGAAUUCGCUGACUUGUUCGCAUGGUCGGCCGCAGACAUGCCUGGCAUCGACCCUGCUGUGAUAGAACAUAGAUUGCAGGUCAAUCCCAACCACCGACCUGUGAAACAGAAAAAAAAAAAAAAAAAAAGCUUCGCGAUGGAGCGGAUCAAAAUAAUUGACGAGGAGGUGACGAAGCUGUUGCAUGCCAACUUCAUCCGAGAAGUAGACUACCCAGAGUGGUUGAGCAAUGUGGUCCUAGUAAGGAAGCCCAACGGAAAAUGGCGCACCUGCAUAGACUUCACGGACUUGAAUAAAGCGUGCCCAAAGGACAGCUUCCUUCUCCCUCGAAUUGAUCAACUAGUGGAUUCGACCUCGGGGCACGAGCUCCUUAGCUUCAUGGAUGCUUACUCAGGGUACAACCAAAUCCCUAUGAGUCGAGCUGAUGAGGAAAAAACUUCUUUUGUCACCGAAAGGGGUUUAUAUUGUUACCGGUACCAGCUGAGGCCCGAGGUAAAAGCUCAGAUACUCGCUGAUUUUACAGCAGAAAGGCUCCCCGAUUCAUCCACCAAGUCGGAGGAAUGGACGCUGCAUGUUGAUGGGUCCUCUAAUGCUGCAGGAGGAGGAGCAGGAUUCAUCCUUUCUGACCCAGAGGGCAAUGAAACUCUCUUCGCACUAAAGCUGGAGUUCACACUGGUGGUAGAGCAGCUUAAAGGAGAAUUCGAGGCUAGGGAUCCAAGAAUGAAGAAGUAUCUCUUCAAGGCAAGAGAAUACCAAAAGGCAUUCGUUCAGUUCAACAUAGAACACGUACCGAGAGCAGAGAACAAAAAGGCGGACGCACUAGCGAAGCUAGCUUUGGCGACCAGUUCGGAAUGGAAAGACAUUAUCUAUCUUGAACGCAUAGGGAAGCCCUCGUACGAGGAGGAGAGAAUUAGCUCAGUAACGUCUAAGAUCAGCAAGGACGACUGGAGAGCGCCUCUAUUCGUAUACCUCCAAGAUGGAUCCUUACCAGAAGACAAUAAAGAGGCUCAAAAGGUGAGAAGGAAAGCUGCCAGAUAUACGUUGAUGGGCCGGGAGCUCUACAGGCGAUCCUUGACAUUGCCCUACCUUCCCUGUUGUCACGUGGCACACCCCCAGAGCAAUGGACAAGUAGAGCACAUGAAUCAAACGAUUCUGCAUGGACUGAGGACGCAACUUGAAUCACUGCAAGGUAGAUGGACAGAGGAACUCCCUUCCCUUAUAUGGGCAUAUCACACAACCAAGAGAGCAGCAACAGGGGAAACCCCUUUCAUGCUCGUCUUUGGUGCAGAAGCAGUCAUCCCAGUAGAGGUGGGGAUACCCUCUUGGCGAAGGCAAUACUUUAACGAGCAGACCAAUAGCGAGGAGCUCAGAUCAGAAAUAGACCUACUGGAAGAGAUACAGGAUCAGGCGAGUUUAAAAGUUGCCGCGUACCAGCAGAGGGUAGCAAACUACUACAACAACCGCGUGAAAGUACGGAAUUUCCAGCUAGGAGACUUAGUCCUGAGGAAGAGGCGAAACAACCCAUCCGAGCCAGGGUCGCACAAGUUAAAACCUAACUGGGAGGGCCCAUACAAGGUCACAACAGAGAUAAAACCUGGGACCUACAAGUUGCAAGAGUUCGAGAGGCAGAAGCAGCAGCAGCAGCCUCUCUGGAAGGAAGUUCCUCCCUACGAAGGCGAUCGACCUAUGCCUGCAGAGCCCGCUGGCGGGCCUCAGCCUCGUACAGUUCGUUCUGAGCAAGGACGUAUUUUUCCCGGGCAUCGAGGGUCUGGCGAUACAUUUCCGCGACCUUCUCCUCCUGGGCUAGAGCUAUCGUCGCCAGCUGCAGAAAAUACCAAACACUUGGUACGAAGUAUGGCGGAUUUUCGCCGAGAGGGCGUCAGGAAGGGUACACUGGGCCUGCACAAAAUCCUCAGCAUGCACAGCCCAACGGAGAGCAGAGGCAGAACGGGUCGGCUCGUGGAAGAUAGCUUCAAGUUGAGCCUGCGAGUUCGUAGGAGGAGCAGCAUGGACCUCAUCAGUAAGGGCGCCGGAAUCCCCUACUGCGGGUGCAUCCCUAGGCAACACUUUCUAUUAGGCCAGACCCAACAUAUGGAGACGAAAACCAUUACCCUUCUUCUCCUGCUCUCCCUCCCAUUUAAACUGCGCCCUUCAAACGCACAAACAUGGAUCAAAGCCGGUUACUGGGACUCCAGCAGUAAUUUUCCUGUCUCCGACCUCAAUUCUGCUCUCUUCAGCCACCUUCUAUGCAGUUUUGCUCAUCUCAACUCUUCCAACUAUCACCUCUCCAUCCGCUCAUCUGAUGAACAGCAGUUCUCCACCUUUGCCAAUGUCGUGAAGCGUAAAAAUCCGUCUGUCACCCCUCUUUUGUCCAUCAGGGCAGGAACUGUGGACACUGCAGUCUUUUCUUCAAUGAUUAGCCAACCCCUUCACAGAAAAUCCUUCAUUGAGUCUUCAAUAAGAACGGCGAGACUUUACAGCUUUCAUGGCCUAGACCUCAGAGGGGUGUUGCCGCCCACAGCUGCCAACAUGACUAACUUAGGAUUCCUCUUCUAUGAGUGGCAAGACGCUGUGGAUUCUGAGUCGAGGAAAUCUGGCAAGACAAAACUAAUCCUGACAAUGGCUGUUCAUUACUUGCCUACUGUCAACUCUUUUAGUUAUCCGAUCGAAUCGAUUCAGAAGAACUUGGAUUGGAUACAUAUUGUAGCAUAUGAUUAUUAUUUGCCUUUAAGAGAUAAUUUCACAGGUGCCCAUGCUGCUCUGUAUGAUCCGUCUAGUCAGGUUAACACCGAUUUUGGUGUAAAGGAAUGGAUAAGUAGGGGAUUAUCACCAAACAAGCUGGUUUUGGGUUUGCCAUUCCAUGGCUAUGCAUGGAGACUUGCGAACCCCAAAGACAAUGAUCUUGGUGCACCUGCAUCAGGUCCAGGUAUUACACAAGAUGGAUCCGUUGCCUAUGCAUUAAUCAAAUGGUACGUUCGAACAUAUCAAGCUCGUCCAGUAUACAACUCUACAUAUGUAGAAAAUUUUUGCAAGAUUGGAUCAAUUUGGCUUGGUUAUGAUGAUGUGGAGGCCAUAAGAGCUAAGGUUUCUUAUGCAAAGCAGAAAGGUUUGCUUGGUUACAAUGUGUUUCAAGUCCCCAAUGACGACAAUUGGGUGCUUUCUCGGGCUGCUGCUCAAGUUGAUGGUAAACAUCCUCAAAACAGGCACCGAUUGUUGGUGAUUAUUGUGCUCUCAGUUGCUAUGGGUAUUCUGCUUCCUUGCCUCACGGUGUUUUACCUACGACGGAGACUGCUCAAAUCCAAAGGAAUGAUGGCUACAGAUGAGGUAUGGUUGGGACCUUUGGAAAAUCCUGAUAGCAAUGAUGAUCCUCAUCUUCAAGCUUUUAGCUUUGCUAUCAUUGAAGCUGCAACAAAUAACUUUUCAGUUGACAAUAAGCUUGGGGAGGGUGGAUAUGGACCUGUUUACAAGGGAAAAUUACACGAGGGGUGUGAAAUAGCGGUGAAGAGGCUGUCAAAAACUUCAGCACAAGGGCUGGAGGAGUUCAAAAAUGAGGUUAUGCUGACUGCGAAACUACAGCAUGUCAAUCUAGUUAGAGUUCUGGGCUUUUGCAUUGAAAGGGAAGAAAAGAUGCUGAUCUAUGAGUAUAUGCCAAACAAAAGCUUGGAUUUCUACCUUUAUGAUCCCAUCAGAGGUAAAUUGCUAGAUUGGAAAAAGCGUGUUCAAAUCAUUGAGGGGAUUAUUCAUGGGCUUUUAUAUCUCCAAGAGUACUCAAGGUUGCCAAUAAUUCACAGAGAUUUGAAAGCUAGCAACAUUUUACUGGACAGUGAGAUGAAGCCCAAGAUAUCAGAUUUUGGUUUGGCUAGAAUUUUCCAGAAGGAUGAGCACGAAGCAAACACGGGUCGAAUUGUUGGAACAUACGGGUAUGUUCCUCCUGAGUAUGUGAAAAGAGGUAUAUACUCCACAAAAUAUGACAUUUAUAGCUUCGGAGUUCUACUUCUGCUAAUCAUAAGUGGCAAGAGGAAUACGUGCUUCUACGGCCGGUACAAGAACUUAAUCCUCCUAGAAUACGCAUACGAGCUGUGGAAAGAUGGCAAUGGCAUGGCGGUCAUGGAUCCGGCAUUGGAUGAUUCAACCUCAUCAUGUAAACUCCUAAAAUGCUUGCAAGUAGCUUUGUUGUGUGUUCAGGAGAAAGGGGAGGACAGACCAUCCAUGUUGGAAGUAUAUUCAAUGCUCAAAAAUGAAAUUGCAGCCAUCAAUACUCCUAGAAGGCCCGCUUUUUCAACAAAGACAGGUGAAGAUGGGGGAGACACAAAUUCCUCCCAGAAAAAAAUAUGUUCAAAUGAUGGCUCCAUCACUCAACUUGAACCUCGGUGACCCUUAUUUGUAUAAGAAUUUUACUCGUAAAGAUUUACUAAGCUUGUUUUACCUUAUUGGUUUUGCUUAAUGAAUGAAUUUAGCGCA